CAUGGCAUGCAUUGCAUCCGCACACUCGGUGGCGCGCGCUUGUCUUCCUCGUCGAGUUCCAUCGCCGCAGCUUUAUUGUUUAUUUCUUCUUCUGUUAAUUUUUGCACCUGAGCGUGUGAAGUGCGCGCCUGCUUAAGUGACUGAUAAUUAACCAAUACGGAGGAUUGCGGUUCUUCUGUUUCUUUUUUGUUUUUGUAAUUUGAAUUGACCGCAAAAAUUGGUCAAGAAAUUCGUUUUUUUCUUUGUGUUUUCGCUGUUUGCUGAGUGCAAUCGUAAAUUAAAAUAGUGUGGAAUUUAAAACUAUAAAAAAAAACGUUAAUGUGAAUCCUUAAACAAUUAUAAUAGAAACUAAAGUGAGGAUAAAAACCAAGGAUAAUUUAUUAUUUUAAGAAUAAACAAAAAUAAAGGCAAAACUGUUUGCAGCUCCAACUCCAACUUAAGCUCGGAACUUGGACUUGGAGUAGGCCAAUUAAGAACCACUAACACUACCACUAGCCACAACAGGUGUCCAACUGGCUAAAUCCAGUGACAAGUGGCAUCUUUUGCGGUCGCCCAAGGGGGGCCGUCGGGUGUGGUCGGUCGUGCGUUAGAAACGGGAAAUCGGAAACAUGUUCUUCUUCAUCAGCUUCUUCUUCUCUUGCUGUCCCAAUCCCAGCCAGCGGUGGCUCCGAUUGGCAGCCGUUAUUGGAUUGCUGCAUCUGCCGCAGUUUGUGUGUCAAGCCAGCUGGGCAACCAGAGCGAUCAGCGACAAUGACAACGACAACUCCUCCAACUCCGCCGCCACCUCCCCCACCUCCCCCACCAACACCAUGCAGAUUCAGACACUCCAGGUGAACUGUAGCAGGGAUUUAAUGGAAAUGCAUCUAGAACUGAGUCGACCCUUUCGGGGUUUGCUCUAUGCCAAGGACUUCCCCCUCGAGUGCCGUUCACGGGGUCAGGACUCCACGCGUCUGCAGUUAAGGAUACCCACAUCGGGCUGUGGGGUCCGAGCAGAGCCCCUGGAGGAUGGCAGUCUGGAGUAUACGGUGCGGGUGAUGCUCCAAAUGGAGCAAAAGCUGCGCCAGAGCACCGAUAUACUCAGCUCGGUGCGUUGCCAGUUGCCGGCGAAUGCCAUGGGCAUGCCAGUGCCAGCUCUGCGUCCGGAAACAGGAAGGGAGAGGAAUGCACGAAUGCGAGCCUUGGCUGCUGCCACGACUACGCAUCAUCAACAUCAUCACAUGGAGACUCCACGCGUUCGCAUCUGGCUGGAGCUGGGCGGACCCAAUGGCUCUGGCUCUGUGGAGGUGGGCGUGGCCACCACAUUAACCGUACGGGCCAUAGUUCCCGGCACCAUCGGUGUGCGGGUGGUGGACUGUGCUGCUCUGGACGGCCUAGGCGAGUCGACGCAGCAGCUUCUAGACGCCCGCGGCUGUCCCAUUGAUGAGCAGGUAAUGCCCGCUCUGCACACCGAGCACCGGCCAGCGGAGGAGGGCUGGUCCAAGCAGCUCGAGGAAGACCUAGUGGAGCGGACAUUUGCAGCCACAUUUCCCGCCUUCAAGUUCCCGGACCGCGAGCGUCUUCAUGUUAGCUGCGGCGUGCAGCUUUGCAAGGGGAAGUGCCCGACACUAAAUUGUCGCCAGAAGACACCACCACCACCAUCAUCAUCAUCAUCAUCAUCCCCGCCAUUGGCGGAGCAGCACCUGGCACGCAUCGAGGUGUUCAAUUCGCUGGCCGUGACAGCCCCCCAAAUCGAGGUGGACCGCCUGCGUUAUGACAGGCGGCACAAUAUGAGCGGUGAGGACUAUGCACCGCAUGUCCGUGCCCAGGCCUUGCCUGGCGAGGGCACCCUUUGCCUGUCCAUCUCCAAGCUGGCCAUCUCGUUCUGUGUCUUGGGCCUGAUCUUUCUGGUGGCCGUUGUGGUGGCCAUCUUUUCGCUGAUACGAUCACGACGCCGAGAACGUCGCCAUGGCGGCGCCAGUGGACUGAGCCUGGGCUUGGGCCUGGGACUGGGCAUUGCCGGGACGAGUGCCUCGAACAGCAGCAGUCGGCUGCAUCGGGAUCGGAACGAGAUCUGCACCUCGAUGUUCUCCUCCAGCAGCGAGUCGGCCCAGUCGCAGCCUCGCUUCGGGGGCAAAUUCCUGAUGCCCUACUAUCCCAAUGCCUUGCCCUACGGGCGGGUUUACUGAGAUCCAGAUCGGGGUAUAACCUAACCCCAGAGACUGACGGAUUCGUCUAACGAGUGGCACCAAAUUAAUGUCUAACUUUAGCACGUUAACACUGCGAGUAUCUUACUUACUAGAUGUUAUUUACUAUAUUUACGGUCGGUCGUUGGCCGAAAGGCUCUUGAAAGCGUUUUUGCCUCGUUUUUUUUGGGCUAAAAUGCGUUUUAAUGUCCUUUCGCUGUAGUUGUAUUUGUAUUUAAUAAAUAUAUAUCUAUUUUUUUAAUAAAAUGUAAUUUCAGAAUGUAAGUCACAAGUAAAUAAAUUAAAUAUAUUUUUUAAUCAAAUUAGUUUCGUUGUGUAUUUCAUGUUUUGGG